AUGGCGGAAAAACUUUCCAGCGAGAAGGGGAAGGGGAAGGAGAAGGAUGGGGGAGAGGGGGCUGCGAGUUUGGAGAAGCUCCUGGAAGGGAUGAAGCUUCAUGGGGAAGAAGAGGAUGAUCUCGAUUUCUCCAAGGAUUUCGAGGAACUCGUGAAGGAGGUCCGGUGGCUUGCCCUGUUUAGGGUUCAUACGACGAAACCUUUCAGUCAUGCUGCGUUGUUCAACACCUUGCGCAAUGCUUGGGCGGCAGCGAAAGAGGUGACAUUCAAAGCUCGGGAACCAAAUCUGUUUGUAGUCCAGUUUCAUUGUCUGGGGGAUUGGACGAGAGUCAUGGAUGGCAGACCGUGGUUAUUCAGAGGUGCGGCCAUAGUGAUGGAGGAAUACGAUGGAUACUCCAAUGUCAAGGCGUACAAAUUGGAUAAAAUCCCAAUUUGGGCUAGAAUCCAGGGUGUUCCGGAGAUGCUAAUGAAGAAGAAGGAACUGGCAGAGAAGGUCGCAAAGAAGGUGGGGGAGACCAUCAUGCUGUUAGUCAAUGAUGGAAAGAUUAAUUCGACGCCAUACUUGAAGGCGAGAGUUUGGAUAGAUCUGAACAAGCCUCUUGUACGAAUGGUUCCAAUUACUUUAAAGGAGAGGAUGAUAUGCUUGGUUCAAUAUGAGAAAUUACCUAGCUUCUGCUUCUUCUGUGGUUAUCUGGGCCAUGAAGUUGCUGAAUGUGGAGAUGGAGUGCAUCCGAAAGAAAACUGUGAGUGGGGGGACUGGCUGAAAGUUCCUUUCACGGCGGCAAUGAUACCAAGGGAUGAUCGUGGUGGUCGUGGAGGAGGAAGAGGGAGAGGACGGGGAAGAGGUUUUGGAAGAGGAGGCGGAGGUUAUGAUGAAGCAUAUGGCAUGGACAUAUCGGUGGAAACGGAGGCUGAUGAUGUUGAGUUGCAGGCAGAGGGGAGGUCGGCUGAUCUCACUGGGCGUACCCCGAUGCUGGAGGAUUCCACUCAGAAUAGAGAAGGGGUCAGUCCGUUAGCUAAACAAGAGAAGAAGAGGCCGAGGAGGAGUGAAGAUGGUGAGGAUAACAAAGAAACCCCAUAUGCAAAAUCGGCGCUCUCCUUCGAGGAGAGUGACCGGGCACAAUGA